CGCCCUUCAGUGAACCUCAGCGCGCCGCAGCUGGCCGGCCAUGGUGGAGCAAGCCGACGACGCGCCGCUCCUCUUCUGGGCCGAGGGCCCGGCUGUCUCCUUACCGGAGCCCGGGGAGCCCGGUACCUGGAGGGGCUGUGGCUCCACCACCACCUCCUCCUCCUCGGCGUGGAGGAGCGGCAGCAAAGGGGAGCCGGUGGUAGUCGGUGCCGGGAGGCGCCUCCGGGAGCAGGAACCGGCGCAGGUGGAGGAAGACCAGAUCGUGGCAGUGUUCGUGGUCACUUUUGACCCCCGCACCGGUAAUAUGGUUGAAUGGUGUUUGCCACAAGACAUUGAUCUGGAAGGUGUUGAGUUCAAAUCUAUGGCCAGUGGAUCCCAUAAAAUCCAGUCCGAUUUCAUUUACUUCCGUAAAGGCCUUUGCUUUGGUUUGGCAUGUUUUGCCAAUAUGCCUGUGGACAGUGAAUUGGAACGUGGGGCACGCAUGAAAUCUGUGGGCAUUCUUUCUCCUUCCUACACUCUGUUGUACAGAUACAUGCACUUCUUGGAGAACCAGGUCAGGCACCAGUUGGAAAUGCCAGGACAUUACUCUCACUUGGAAGCUUUUUACGAUGACAAGAAGGGAGUCUUCCCAGCAGGCACUCUUGUUUCACAGCAACCCAUCCACUGGCUGCCUUCCAUCCACAAAUAUAUGUAUCCGGAGAUGAAGAUCACCCACCCUGCAGGCUGUAUGUCUCAGUUCAUCAAGUUCUUUGGAGAGCAGAUCCUGACACUCUGGAAGUUUGCCUUGCUUCGCAAACGCAUUUUGAUAUUUUCUCCACCUCCUGUCGGCGUGGUCUGCUACAGAGUUUAUUGCUGCUGCUGCCUUGCCAACGUCUCCUUGCCGGGUAUUGGAGGCACCGUCCCAGAGUCUAAGCCGUUUUUCUAUGUCAAUGUAGCCGACAUUGAAAUGCUGGAGACUGAAAUAGCAUAUGUAGCCUGCACAACAGAGAAAAUCUUCGAAGAGAAGCAGGAUCUCUAUGAUGUCUAUGUAGAUAACCAGAAUGUGAAGACACACCAUGAGCAUCUGCAACCACUUCUGAAGAUUAACAGUGCAGACAAGGAGAAGUUUCAGAGACUUAAUGAUCAGAGACAGAUGCUGAUGUACUCCCAGGAAGUAGAUGGUGACUGUAGUUCUUGUGAAGAGGACCUCUUCAUCUUGUUCUUCAUGGAGCAGAACAACCGGAUAUUUCAGACAUUGAUGGAGAUAUCAGCCAGCCAGGACAAGACAUUGACCGCUGACCAUGCCCGUGGAAUGGGCUUGGAUCCUCAAGGCGACCGUAGCUUUCUCAUGGACCUCCUGGAAGUUUAUGGCAUUGACAUCAUGCUGGUCAUUGAUAAUCCUUGUUGUACUUAGAAGUGGUGGGUUCUGGAAGGGUGAGAGAAGCAGAAUUCACAUAUGAGUGGAUGGCAACAACGGUUAAAGACUACAGGAUGAACUGGUGGAACUUGCCACAACUCAUAUCGUGAAGUAUGGCCUGGUAUUUAAGGGAGCACUCUGCAGGAAGUGUUAUUUAUUUUGAUCCUGUUAAUAAUUGUUUUCAAAUGGAUCUCAAAAGAAGAUACCAUUCUUUCCUACCCACAGUAGAUUGGCCAACCACGCUUUCUGUAAGCUCUGUGAAAGGAAUCUAGUCAUGAUCUUCUACCCCUCCUGCUUCUAAACAACCCAGCGCAGAGUUAUUUUGAGAGAAGAAAUCAUAUCUAUUGACUGAGAAUUUGGAUGGGUGGAUGUGAAAAGCACUUUAUUCUCUGGGGACCAAUGUGAAUUUUUCAUGCUGCUAGAGCCUUCCUAACACGCUGUAGGUGAAAGACCUUCCAAUUCCAAAAAUCCUUGAAGACAUUUUUUGUUUUUUUGUGACAUAAUUCUGCUUCCUUACUUUAUACAUGUACAGACAUGCAUCCAUAUGAUGAUUCAGUUAAACUAGCAUUUUUUUGCCUAGAUAAGUCAUAUCAGGCAGCUUUUUCUCCCAUUACAUCAAUAGUAAUAUAAUUUUUAAAAACCCUCACUUUUUCUUUACAAAACAAUUGGGAUAACCCCUUUUUUUAUCCUAGCUUUGUUACUGUUUAAUAAAUAUUUUGAGAAAAAGGUCCUGCCGUAUCUCAGCCAAGGCACAGUAUCUUCAUAUCUCAUCCCCCGCCAAAGCAUUUUAAAGAAUUUUUAGACUGUGGAUCUACCCUGCACUGUUUGUUUCUCAUACUUGUAAUAAGCUCACCCUGCUAUCUGUAUAAUUUGAUAUGUAUUAUUUUUUGCAUAGUGGUGAUUUAGAUACACUGGAAUUUUGUUCUGUUACGCUACAGAGUAUUUAGGUUUCUAAUAGGACCCAAGCCUAUAUUUGUGAGUAAUAAUUGGGUAAUGCUAAAAUAAGAAAAAAUAGUGAGGAGUGAUGAUUACUCUAGUGCCUUAUGCCCUUAAUGAUGGAUACCGUAGACUAGCCAUCAUCAAGAAAACUUCUGAGAGCCUGAUCUGUUGCUUUGCAUUCUGGCUGAAAACCAAGCUUGUUGUUCUUGAGCUCUUUGCAGCUUUAAUCAUAGGUUACAAUACUCACCUGGUGGCCUCAGGUUCUCCACCUGUUCUCCCUUGCUUAGUCAUUUCAGUUGUUGUCUAUUAAGAAUGUUAUGACACUUAUUAUUUUCCUUCUUGUGGCAGAAGUUGUGGUGCUCUCAUAAAGGCCAACUCCCAGAUCACUGAGGUAGUGAAGGACAUCAGAGUUUGUGGCUGGCCUAGUUCUGCUAGCUAGCACUGACAUCUUUACUACAUUCCAGUUAGACUUAAUUAGUUGCCUAUAAAUGCAGUGUGGCAUCUGAUUUUGUUUUCUUACAUAGACUGAAUUUUAUUGCUCUUUUAAAUAGAUGGUUUUGAUUGUAGAGUAACUUUUUGCUUUGGAAGGAAAGUUGGAUUGACUAGAUAUAUGUUUCGGGUUCCUGUUUUUGGCUAAAGAGUACUUUAUGAAAUGCAAGCUGCUAUUUUUAACAAAUUGCUUUCUUGCUUGUUUUUUUUUUUUUCAUUUAAAUGAAUAGUCAUCUGAUAUUUUGCUGCACAGUUCUAACCUAUUUUAGAGAGUGAUAGUUGGAACUAAAAAAGCAAGAAUAUUAAGAAUAGGUUGGUUAGAUGGAUGGAUUCAACUAAAGCACGGGUGUCAAAUUCGCUGCAUCAUGUUGCUGUCACGAGACAUUUUGUGACUUUUUCCCCUUCGCAGAGCUGGGGUGGGCGUGGCCUCCGCAUGACGCAUCUGGCCUGCGGGCCGCCAGUUUAACAUCCCUAAACUAAAAAAUCUGUAAGACAUUACCUUGUUCAAAAUGGAAAGAAAAUCUUCGAUAUCUUAACCCUUUUUCCUACCUCAUAUUUGUCUUGUCUAUAGGAGGUGGGUCUUCCUAUAUAUAGAUUUAAAUAUUUUAUAGAAUGAAGGGAAAGAAUUGGAAGGCAUUAAGCUGUUUAUUAAACAAACGAUUCUCUGUAAUUAGAUGUUAAAUUGAUUGUCUUGGUAUCCUUUGUUGUUGUAUAUGGGGUGUGUACAUGAACACACAUUUAAACUGGUAUCUUUGCUUCUUGUUUUGCUAAGCUGUCAUAGAGUAUGUGCCACAUGAAUGCUUGGAGAUAGGGAGGUCCAGAAUGAGAAAAUCCUGUAAACCAGGAUUUUCAGAAAUGGGUCUGUUGCCUGAAGAAUUUCUACACGUGUAUAAAUGGCCAGGAGUGAGAAAUAUCGCUGUAGAACAGAAGCUGUGAGACUGAGCUGAAUCAGUGCUUCUUUAUUACAUCCUAAGACAGUGUGUUGCCCAUCAACACAUGCAGUGAAUAGCUGUAAAUCUCAGAUAUGGAAUACAUCCAUGCAAUUGAAACUGGCUCUAGCUUUGUUGAUAUUAGCCUGAUGGAUAGAAAUUCAGAUGAAAGCUUCAUGCAUUCAUGGGCAUGCCAGGAAAAGCUUCACUAUUUAAACAUUGAAUGAAAUGGGCUGCUGCUAGCAGAGACAGCAGCUCGGCUAGCAUGGAAAAAUGUUGGCAAGAUGUAGGGACAGAAUUGGGUGUGAUUGUCAUAACCAUCUGUCAUAUGCUACAUCUUACUUACUGGGCACCUUUAUAAUCUAUUUGUCCAGCUGUUAAAUGGGACACAGAAAAACCAUCUCAUCCUACAGGGUAUGUUUUAUUUCCCUGCUUUGAAAGCACAAGCAGGUUCCUGUUCCAAGGGAUAUAAAUAUUUGAUCAUUUUCCCCCUGCUUAAAGAGACAGUGUCUCAUUCCUCUGUUACCGCUUCCCUAUGAAGGCGCAAUCUGAUGUCUGCUUAUCAAAUAGAGCAUUGGGCUGUAGCCUUGCACACCCGAAGGGCUGCAGGUGAAUAUGGUUAAUUAAAUGGAAAAAAUUAUUAAUGAAGGCAUAGGGCCCUUAAUGGAAAUGUCUGUUUUCCCUGUAAUUCCUUUCUUCUUUUGCUUUCUUACAGUCUAACUGGCCACCAUAGUAGGAUAUGCAGUGGCAUUCUGGAUUCAGAUGAGAGGUUCCUGCUACAACAGAAUGAUUAUCAAAUUAGUACAAAACACAGUAUGGUCUGAUUUAGAUUACAUGAUUUAGCUACCCUUUUCUGAGGAAACAAAGAGCAAGCAUGAAGUACACAGGAGUUCCACCUGCUGCUGAGACCUCUUUCAAGGUUCUUACGGCUUGACUUUUAAAACAGCAUUGAAAUUCGGAUGAUGAUAUCCAAUCCUGUAAUUUGGAGGGCUCAAAAUCACUUCUAAGUACUAUAGAACUUCAAGUAGAGACAAGUAACUUAUGGCCUGCAUGUUGUCUUCCUUCUCUCCAAAACAGUUUAUAAAUGUCCAAGAGUAGAAUAGCCAAUUUUCAGUGAAACAAUUGAUUUCUUUAUUGAAACUUAAAAAAAAAAAACAAGUCUGAAUUUUUUUGCUACUGAAUUUUUAGUCUGAAUUUUGUCACCAUGUUACAAGCCAUUUGGGUCUUUUGGGGGAGGUGGUUUAGGAAAGAAAUGAAAACAUGAUAUCCCCGAGGUCCCAUUUCCAUUCUAUGCUUAAAAAAACUACAAGCAAGCAAACAAAAAGUCAACUAAGUGACGAGUUUGAUCAGAUGAGGGCCUUGGGUUGUGGCUCACAUCUCAAAGGUUGCACAUUCUGUCCCAAGGCCUUUCCAUACAGGUUAUUGCAAUGGGAGAAAACUAGUUAAAGAUACCCUUUAUAGAUUUUUUUUCAGGCAUGGUUAGUACAGCCAUGGGAGGAGCAAUACAAUAUUCGCAUGUCAGUUUUUGAAUUACGCUGUGGAAAUGAUAGAAGGUGGCUUUGGUUUUGAUAGAAGGAACUGUCUGUUCUUGGGAUGUGUGAAGUUGAGCCUCUCUUUGCUUUUACCUGCCUUCCUUGUGAGUUCAGGAACAGCGUUUUCAUGGCAUCUACAGGAAAUGUCGCAAUUAUUUUUGCAAGAUCCUAUUUGCACAAACCAACUGCGACAAUUCAGUUUCUUUGGUUUAUGGUCUUAAUACUGGUUCCUGUGCCCACGUUUAGGAAAGCUUGGUCAGGUGGCACCCCCAGCAUUACACCAUGACAUGAUUAAUUCACUGUAAACUGAACUAGACAGGCCUCCAUCUAAUCAAAUACAGCUUUGAAAUGCAGCUUUCAUCUUGAAUACAACAAUUGAAAAGAAUUCAUAAGAGCAGGUUGCCUAGUGAUGAUUAAUGUUGUUCAAAUUCCCUUAACUUGAAAAGCCUUCCUUGGACAAAGCUUGGGGGAUGGGGUCAGCCGAAGCCUCCUUUUCACUGUUUUGUGCCCAUUGUACCUUGGGCUGCAAAAUGGGGAGAGGUCUUUUUCUCCUAUUUAAUGUUUGUGUGUUUUUGCAAACACUGGAAUUCUGCCACACCAAGUUGAUGCUUCCUAUUCUACACUGAUUUGCCUAUAUAAGCAUAGUUCUGUUUUGCCUACAUAAGCAGAGGCCCUUAGAGAAUGAAGUUGAUGUUUAUAUACAGAUACAGCUAAUGAAUGGCUGAUGUUCCUUCUACUGUACAAAAUUAAUGGUGCAUUUCUGCUUAAAUACUGAUUAGAUAGCUUAGGUAGAAAUUACUGUUUUAAUACAGAAUGUACAACAUGCACUCUCUUGCCUAUGAUACCAAGUUCUUCAUUUUUCCACCUUUUCAUUUAAUAGCAUUUAAUAGUUCUAGGAUUUUGGUACUGAGCCAUUUUGAAAAACAAACAUUUGGGUCAUAAUCACUCCUGAGUACCAAUUUUACACAAUCCAUGUGUGUAUUCUUAUAAGUGUUAGCACUGGGCAGUUCACACACACAGGUAGAUUAUUUGUCAAAAUUAGCAAGUGGAUUUUUUGAUUCAUUCUUAAAACAACACCAUAUGUUGCUUGAUAAGACUUGCAGGGAAUGUAAAAACUUGGCUCAUUUCAGCCAUGGAAAUCAAAGCCGAACAAAGUUGUAAGUUAUUAGCGUGACUUAUUGCUAGCUAUGAAAAAAUAAUUGGUGGGUUUGUUUACAAGGUCAUAUUCACUAUGUGGAACAAACAAUGAUAUCAGAAUACUGUACGUCUGCGUCCUUGAUCUAAAUGACAAAGGGAAUCCGGUACAAGCAGAGAAUUAUGGAUUGCUUAGGAAACUAUUUAAUAGGAUAAGGUUGCAAUGGCUUCCACCCUUUUUUUAAAGGCCGUUUCUCUCUCAAAAGGGGAUCUGGCACAGUAGAAGUAAAACUGCUAAUUGCUAACUGGGUGAGUUCCUGCAUUACUCAGAAGAUACUGUUGGUGACACAGGACAGAAAAUAAAAAGAGUUGCCUGCGCUUACCCUAGUAGAGUUAAGAUGCUCAAAGAAAUGCCAGUGGGAUCUUCCAACAUUAUUUUGCUAACAACUUGGAGGAAGACGUAAAGGUCCUAAUUUGGGUGGUUUUUUGUUGAGGUGGUAAAUGGAUAGUUUUAAGGGGGUGGGGAAAUGGGUGCCUUAACCUUGCAGAUCUUUCUGGUAUAUCCCUUAAAAAUGCUAACCUUGUGUCCCCCCCCUUGUUAUGGGGGGUGGUUUAAGGAAUUAAGUGGGUGCCUUAAGUUUCUGCAAGGCUUAAACAACAAAAGAGCAAUGACAUAUCUCUGGCCAUCAUUCUCACCAUGCCACCGUUAGACUAAGGUUCUAAUACAUCACCAUUAGCUGUGUAAAUUAAGAUUUGGUUUAGGCACUAUCCAAUUUUGUUUCCUUAAAAAAGAAAAAUAACCUUUGGGGUAUUGGGGAGAGGAUCCCUUCCUGCUUCUAUGAGAGAACAUAUAACUUGUUGCAUAAUAACUGUAAUAUUCCCCACCGGUUUUCAAUUAACUUUAGUGUAUAAACUUUGUUUUGAAAACAUGUUCUGAGUAAAUAUGACUUGAUGGGCAGCUAGGAUCUCCUCAUUGACUUGUGACUAAGCACUUUUCUUUAAACUAUAUACUAGUGGCUUCUUUCAGUAAGAGAGCGAGCACUACCUUUGUGGAUUUCAUUGCUAAUGUAGAACCCCAAAAGGACUUGUGUAUAUAUAUAAUGGUCUUUUUUACUGUAUUAAAACUCACUUUUAACACAG